GCAAAUGUAGCUAAAGGGAGCGUUCUAAUUUUUCUUGACGCUCAUAUUGAGUGUACAGAAGGAUGGCUUCAACCAAUGCUUUCACGUAUAGCUGGCGAUCGUUCAGUUGUAACCGUUCCACUUAUUGAUGGCAUCAGUUCAAAUGAUAUGACUUAUGUUGCAAAUCGCUUACAUAUAAAUGGUCUUCCCUGGAAUUUGAUAUUCACAUGGAUGCUAGUUCCACAAAGGGAGAUCAUUCGAACGAAAAACAAUCGAACUGCACCGCUGCGUACACCGACCCACGUUGGCUGUGCGUUCGCUAUUGAUCGUGACUUCUUUUUCGAAAUUGGUUCAUACGAUGAAGGAAUGGACAUCUGGGGGUCCGAAAACGUCGAAUUGGCUUGGAGGACUUGGAUGUGCGGUGGAUCAAUGGAAAUAUUGCCUUGUUCUAGAAUUGCACAUUUAUUUAGAGUAUCAACUUACUCAUUUGAUGGAAAUUCCAACGAAAUAACGACACGAAAUAAUAAUCGUUUGAUUCAAGUGUGGAUGGACGAAUUCAAGGAUCUUAUUUAUGCUGCGUAUCCAAACUGGGCAGCUACUCCAGCGGGAGACUUGACAGAGCGAAUAAAUCUAAGAAAACGUUUAAAAUGUAAAAGUUUCCGAUGGUACCUUGGAAACAUUUAUCCAGAGAGUGUUUGGCUCAAAGAGUAUACCAUGAUGGGAAAUAUAAAAAGUCUUGCCGAAAAUAGAUGUUUGGAUAGGAAUGCAAAGAAUUUAAUGUAUCAGUGCCAUGGGAUUGGUUCUACACAAUUUUUUGCACAUACUAAAUCGGGACAGCUUUUAACUGUUAACGAAUUAUGCAUUAGCGCUUCCAAGGAGAAUCCAACUGUAAUUUUAACAAAGUGCGCUGACAAAGAUAAAUCUCAAUUGUGGAACUAUAAUAAAGAGAUGCAAUGGAUUAAACACAGAGAAAGUGAUUUAUGUAUGAAGAACGAUAAAAGUGGUGUUAUAAUUGAAAAGUGUGAUUCGACUGAUGUUCGAUUGAAAUGGGAAUAUAAAUCAACUUUGAAAAAAGCCAAAUUGAUUGGAAUCUGAUGUGAUAGAAGGAAAAAGUUUCACCAAUCAUCGAUAACAUUGGUUCGAAAAAUUGAUAACGAUAACGGAAUUGCAAAACUCAUGAACAUUUUAAUCAAAAUCAUGAGUAAAUAUGAAAAAAAUGAAACUGAUAAAUUGUCAUAACUAAACAUUGAGCAUUUGCUCAACUCUUUUACUUACACUCUUAUAUAUAGACCUAGGGGGUAGACACGAAUUAUAAAACUUUGAAUCAUGUGAAUCACAAUGAAUUAAAUGAAUCAUUCAAAUGUCAAAUAA